CGUGGGGGGUCUGAAGUGGCUCAAUUUUGUAUUUUGUUUUUUUUGGGGGGGCGCAAAGGCGGGAGGCUGCGCUGUGCCCACUCUCCUGACAGUCGGGCGUGUUACCUCAGGAACAUGGUGUAGGGAAGCUGGAAGCAGGAUAACCCAAAAUCCAAGAGGCACCAGGCUGAAGACCAUGGUGUCGAAGCUGAGCCAUCUCCAAGUGGAGCUGCUGGGAGCACUGCUGGAGUCGGGGCUGACCAAGGAGACCCUGAUCAAGGCUCUGAGCGAGGUGGAACCCUACGGGCUCCAGAGUGAAAGUCAGCGCGCCAUCAAUGCCCUGCAGACAGAGAAAGGGGAGCCCUGUCCCGACAUCCCCAACCUCCCCAACGGCAUCGGGGAGCCCAGGUUAUCGGAAGAUGAAACCUCCGAUGACGGGGAGGAAUUUACCCCUCCAAUAAUGAAGGAGCUGGAAAACUUGAGCCCUGAGGAGGCUGCUCACCAGAAGGCUGUGGUGGAAAGACUAUUACAAGAGGAUCCCUGGCGAGUAGCAAAGAUGGUGAAAUCCUACCUCCAGCAGCACAACAUCCCUCAGCGUGAGGUGGUGGACACGACUGGUCUGAACCAGUCCCACCUCUCACAACACCUCAACAAGGGCACUCCCAUGAAGACCCAAAAACGGGCAGCCCUGUACACCUGGUACGUCCGGAAGCAGCGGGAGGUGGCCCAGCAAUUCACACAUGCUGGCCAGGGUAUCCUGACAGAGGAGCCCAUGGGAGAUGACCUGCCCACCAAGAAGGGAAGAAGAAACCGCUUCAAGUGGGGUCCUGCCUCCCAACAGAUCCUGUUCCAAGCCUACGAAAGGCAGAAAAACCCCAGCAAAGAGGAGAGGGAGGCCCUGGUGGAAGAGUGCAACAGGGCAGAGUGUAUCCAGAGGGGUGUUUCCCCAUCUCAGGCCCAGGGACUGGGCUCGAACCUGGUGACAGAGGUCAGAGUUUACAACUGGUUUGCCAACCGCAGGAAGGAGGAGGCUUUCCGGCACAAGUUGGCCAUGGACACCUUCAGUGGACCCCAACCCACCUCUGGCCCCCCCCUCACUCCUCACAACUCCUCUUCCCUCCAGCCACCAGCUGCUCUCUCACCCACCAAAGUUCACGGAGUGAGGUACAACCAGCAGCCAGCCAGCGAGGCAGAGUCCUCCAGCAGCAACCCCCACGGGAACAGCUCCAUGGUGACCACCCAAACCAUCCUGCACCAGGUUUCUCCCCCGGGACUGGAGCCCAGUCAGAACCUACUGAGCACAGACACUAAGCUGGUGUCAGCUCCCGGAGGAACCCUCCCUCCUGUCAGCACCCUGACUGCCCUGCACAGCCUGGAGCAGAGCCCACACGCCCUGAGCCAGCAGACCCAGAACCUGAUCAUGGCAUCCCUGCCGGGCGUCAUGGCCAUCGGGGCGGGCGAGACCCCGUCCCUGGCACCCGCCUUCACCAACACCGGAGCCUCCACCCUGGUCAUCGGCCUGGCUUCAACCCAGCCCCAGAGUGUACCUGUGAUAAACAGCAUGGGGAGCAGCCUCACUACCCUGCAGCCUGUCCAGUUCUCCCAGCAACUGCACCCCUCCUACCAGCAGCCCCUCAUGCAGCAAGUCCAGAGCCACAUCAACCAGAGCCCCUUCAUGGCUACCAUGGCCCAGAUACAGAACCCUCACGCUCUCUACGGCCCCAAGUCUGAAGUGGCCCAGUACACACACACAGGCCUCUUACCACAAACCAUGGUGAUAACAGACACAGCCAACCUCAGCGCCCUGACCAACCUGACACCAACUAAACAGGCAUUCACCCCUGACUCAGAGACUCACACCGAGUCUGGGAUGCACACACCAGUGUCACAGGCACCAACAAUCCACCUACAGAACCAGGACACCACCAUCCAGCACCUUCAGCCAGGCCCACGCCUCUCCUCGAGCCCUGCGGUGUCCUCCAGCAGCCUGGUGCUGUACCAGAGCUCCGACCCCACCAACAGCCACAGCCAGCUGCUGCCAUCCACCCACAACGUCAUCGAGACCUUCAUCUCCACACAGAUGGCCUCCUCCACCCAGUGAUCACCACAGCUGCCCCCAGGGUGACUCAGGUGCAACUCCAACCGUGUUUGCCAUCACUGUCACCUCUGUCACCACGGGAAGGAGGGGCUGCUGUGCUGAGCCAGCCCCCACUGCCUCACACAGAUCCCUGCUCAGCUGCCUCCAGGAGAGAAAAUGUCUCAGGCUCCAGACAGAAGCCAUGGGAAGAUGAUGCUGGCACUGCUAAAAUCCACUGCCCCUCCCCAGAAACAGCAAACCCAAACCCCACAGGCCACCACAGAAUGACCAGUCAUCCUUUUGUGGCUGCCCAAGAGGAAAUCCCACCAAGCCAGGGACCUGACUGAAAUAUGGCAGCAGUGC